UAACACUUAAACUAGGAGCUCAAAAAUCCAGAUCCCAUUCUCUAUUGGGCCAAGCAACAAAGGGCUUUUGCUUGUAGCCCAUACUUCUAUAUCCCCCAAAACUUAUUUCUGUUUUCUUCACUUCAACAUUUGCGUCUUGCUGCAAAUCAAAAGCGGGAAAGGAUCACAGAAAAUCAAGGGCACUCUUUUCUCUCUCUCUCUUUGCUCCUUCCCUUUACAACUCUUCAUCCCCAGAGUCUCAUUUAAGUUGGGUUUGAAAAAAGGUUGUCUUAUUUUGUUGACACAGAAUAAUCUUAAAAGAGUUAGUUGAGAAAACCCAAGUUUAAGAUAUGUCAGGAAGCAGGAAAGAAACAGUUUUGGACUUGGCAAAGUUUGUGGACAAAGGUGUCCAAGUCAAGCUCACUGGUGGUAGACAAGUGACAGGGACUCUAAAAGGAUAUGAUCAGUUACUAAACCUUGUUUUGGAUGAAGCUGUAGAGUUUUUGAGAGAUCCUGAUGAUCCACUGAAGACUACUGAUCAGACCAGGCGCCUGGGCCUAAUAGUUUGCAGGGGAACCGCUGUAAUGCUUGUGUCCCCGACAGACGGCACAGAUGAGAUUGCCAACCCUUUUAUCCAGCCAGAAGGGGCCUAGGCAUAUAUCUUUUUGUAAUUUAAUCAGUGAUCUAAAUCUGUAUGCUUUAACCAGUUUAAUUCUAAGAAACCUUAAUGGGGAGAAGUUAGUGAUGAGCCUCAUUUUAAAGGCUUACUUUGCAGACU